GUGCGUUAAUGUCGAAUCGACGGUUAUUCGGUAUGUCGCGAAUUGGCGACACUGGGCAUCAAGCGAAUAAGCAUUAAGAAGAGGAAGAAGAACAGCCUUGCUCGCAGGUAGGAUUGAUCCGUGACGAGGUCUCUUUGGAAGCAGAUAUCCGGCAUUCCGAGAACCACUCCGCCGGCCGGACCGAAUACGUUGGAGAGCACGGUCACGACUGCCCCGGGACACCGUCAUGUCUACGUCCGAAGAACGAACACGCGGCUCCAGCGUUACCCGUGGCAGAGCGCAUACUCGAAAGGCAUCCGAGGCCCCUUCGCCGACAUCUGCCAAAGUCGUUCAUCACACAGCAGCAGGCAACAGAAGGGAAACAACGUGCCGAAAGCCUGCGCAGACAGCCAGGAAGACAUCCGGUAUGCCAAGUCGUCGCUCGUCGAGGAACGCCUCGCCACGGAAACUGACGAGCCCGACGAGCCGGCUGCAAGGAAAGAGAAGGAGCACAGCGUCACCACAGGUGCCAUUUGACGUAGCAAGCCAGCUGACCUCGUUCUCCUCUCAGAACGACAUCGUCCUCAGCAAAGGUACCUCGCGAGAAUCGUCCAGUGUAGCAAGCCCAUCCGGUGCCGACUUCCUGCCAGGGAUCGUGGUAGGUGACAACUGGGACGCGGUUCAAGAGAAUACGUAUGUCGUCCUGGGCCACGGACCGUACCAGCGCAGGGUCCUGAUGUGUGGCAUUCUUUCCGUAACGGUGACACUGUUCCACUACCUUGCGUACAGACUCAUUGGCAGGAAGGUUGAUCACUGGUGCAUGGUCCCCGACCACUUGGCGUACCUCUCUCCAGCCGACUGGAAGAACCUUUCCAUCCCCGUCGAGGCUGACGGCAGCUACAGUCACUGCGCAGUGUACCACCCGCCUGUGCCGAUAAGCCAAGGGGAAAACAGGACCGCAGUUCCUUGCCACGAGUGGAACUACGACAUCACGAACAAGGGAGACAGCAUCGUGAGCCGUUUCAACCUGGUUUGCGGCCGCGAGUUUCUCUACGACUUGUCUUUGGUCGUCCCCAUGAUCACUUCCGCCUUCGUGGCUCCGCUGCUCGGCUUGGCAUCAGACCACGUGGGCAGGAAACCGGUGAUGAUGGCCUGCGCGUUCGGCCAAAUUCUCGCCAGUUUCGGAAGUGGCUUCGCGGAGACGUACCCAUUCUUCGUCUUCACCCGGGUCCUGGCAUUGGUGGCGACCGACGUCACCUUCCUCACCACGUUCACAUUGAUCCAUGAGGUCACCGGGAACGAGCGUCGCUCGAUAUUCACGGUCCUCGACACCGCCGUGCCGGGAGUCCUGGUCCCGCCGCUGAUGCACGCGCUAUCUCUCCUCGAGCCGCGCUGGGCGCUGAGCGAGGCGAUCACCGUCGUUACCGGAGGCCUGCUGCUGGUCUGGUGCUGGCUGCAGGUGGAGUCUCCCGCGUGGCUCAUCGCCACCUGGGACUUGCCUCGAGCCGAGCACGCGGUCCUGCUGGCGGCCAAGACAAACGGCAUUGACGUGACGAAGGCCCUGUCUUCAUUUGCGCUCAUUAAAGAGCAGUUGCGCAAGCUGGGCAAGGUUCACGCCGCGGAGGCUCCGAUGGAGGGCAUCUUGGAGACGAUCAAAAUGCGUCACCGCGCGGCCUCCGUGUUGCUGGCCAGGUUCGCGUUAGACGCCACCUUCAUCGGCCUCAUGACCAACGACGUGGACACGGGCAUUCCCUGGGAGGUGGCACACGUUGUUUUUCUGACGGCCUACUACGCCUCGAUCUGCGGCAGCAUGUGGAAAUAUGGAAUACGGGAGACGCUGUCUGGUCUCAUGAUCAUCCUGAGCGCCUUCGCCAUUUUCGAGGCCGUGGCGAUCUUCACCGGUCAACAGACGGUGGCGCGUUUUCUGCACGCCGGCAUGAAGGUGGCCGUCUGCGGCGCUAUGAGCGUCACGCUCAGCUACACGGCCGAGACCUUCCCGACGGCCGUGCGGAACGCCGGCAUCAGCCUUUCGCACUUCUCCGGCGGCAUCGGCGACGUCGCGGCCAUCGCCGUCAUAGCCCUCGGCGAACCGCAUGUGUUCUACGCGCUGUCGGCCUUCAUGGUGCUGCUAAGCGUGGCGGCGAUCCAAUGGCUCCCGGAAGUCUCUAUUGAGAGACCACAGCGGCCGCGAUCGCCUAGCGAGCUGAGCGAGCGCGAACGAAAAGCGGUGCUCUUGGCAUCGCUGGACUCCCGCAGGAUGUCGACGCGCAGGCGCAGGGAGAGCAGUCCGAGGGAGCACUGGAAUCUGUCUUAUUGAUUGUCCGAGUCACACUACACCAUGUACUGCAAUUACGAAAAGGGCACGCCUGUUUCACAGUGCUCAAUAACGUGUGUGUUGAACUUACCGGCUGCAUAUACGUGUUCAUUGUGGUGAUUUAAAGAUCACUUUGUGAUGAGUACUAGGAAGAAAUGUUUUCUGUGUGAUAAAAAUUGCAUUCAUAACAUGAAACCCUGUGGACAGUCGCGCGCAAAAAAAAAAAAAGAAAAUGCCGGAGAGCAAUGGCCUUCGUACCAUGUUUUAAGAAGGAUGCAUGGCUGCGGGGAUUCAGAAUGGAAACGACCAUCGCUUACAGAACACGAAUAGAGAAUGUUUGCGUGACAGCAGCACAGUAGGUUAUUGUAUUUUUUCGUCCCUGCGUAAACAUGGGCUUUUAAAUUUUGUUACUAAAAUUUGUAUGGCGAUACCGACGAUCAUGCAAACUGGUUGUGCGCGUAGAUAUAUACUCAUUAGGUUCUCGCAAUUCCGCUGCUCCCCUACGACGCUUUGGUUUUCGUCCACGUCUUCGUUUUCUUUUCUAAACUGAUCCAGGCGUUGGACGACUGUGGCAACGACUGUGUACCUGCUUAGGAUGGUGCUUGUCCGUUUCGCUGGAAUUCACUGGCGCAGCAUUUGCACGGCACCAACAAUUUCUUCUCGAUUACGUCCAAGAAUCACGCGUCAUGGUGUAUGCUAACUGCCGCAUUGUUCAUAUUUGGAGUUAUUCAACCACAGGUGAAUGGGCGUGUGUAG